GAGGGCACCCACCACAAGUCCUCCAGAAACAGCAUCGUGAACUUUGAGAUCCAUUCUCCUCCUUCCUCUUCGAAUAGUCAACAACACCAUCUUCGUUUCCCAAUUCUUACUAAUUACCGGCAAAAUGAAGUUCUACAUCCUCGCCGCUCUCGCCUCUAUCCUGGCCCCUGCCGCCGCCUACCCCGUCACCGCCAACGGCGGCCUUAGCUGCCGCUCCGGCCCCGGCACCAGCUACCCCGUCAAGAAGACCUACAAGAAGGGUUUCGAUAUCAAGAUUAGCUGCCAGACUACGGGUACCUCGGUGAAUGGCUACAACAUCUGGGAUAAGACCCAGGAUGGCUGCUACGUCUCCGACUACUACGUCAAGACCGGCAAGAGCGGCUUCGUCACCACGAAGUGCGGCUCCAGCGGCGGCGGCGGCUCGACCUGCGCUGCCCCCAAGUCGAACUCGGCGACCGUUGACCUGAUCGCAAAGUCUGAGGGCUUCCGCUCCAAGAUCUACACCGAUGCUACCGGCCACGCUACGGUCGGCUACGGCCACAUGUGCACCAAGCCCAAGUGCGCCGAAGUCAAGUACAAGAUCCCGCUCUCCACGGCUGACGGCAAGAAGCUGCUGGCCGAGGACAUGAGGAAAUUCGAGAAGUGCAUCACCAACAUGCUCAACAGCAAGGCGGUCCUCAACUACAACCAGUUCGGUGCCCUCGUCAGCUGGUCCUUCAACGUCGGCUGCGGCGCCGCCCAGAGCUCCCAGCUCGUCAAGCGUCUUAACAAGGGCGAGAACGUCAACAAGGUCCUCAGCGAGGAGCUCCCCAAGUGGGUCCACGGCGGCGGCAAGGUCCUGCCCGGCCUCGUCACUCGCCGCAAGAACGAGGUCGCCCUGGCCAAGAAGCCCGGCUCCAGCAAGGCCCUGCCCGUCAAGUGCUAAAUAAGCGGUCAUCGGUGCCCUGGCGCCUGGGGGAGGUUUCAAAAUCUGCUGUUUCAUAAAGGGGUUGGCUCAUUAACAAACGGUGGCGCGGUGGUUUUGUGGUUGAAAGUUUUUGAUAGACGGUCGAAGGGUCAUCAUCUUUCUGGUUUCACAUUCUGUAUACACCUUUUUUUUUGACAGGGUUUUGAGUGCCAUGAGAAUGCGCUCUUUCUCUUUUCUUCAAAAUGCAUAAUUACCAAAUCGGAACUUUUGUUUUCUGAUUUUACUUGGACUUCCUUUUGAUUUCCUCCAUAACGUCUGGUAGUUAGUUAUAUGACCGACAGGCAGUUUCCCCGAAAAGAAUCCCACGGCCUCCUGUGCAGUGCACCACGCCAGGGUUUGCAGACUCGUCUUACCAGAGUUCCGGAGUGUAGUUAGACCACCCCAGCCGAGCCCUCGUGCCUUGCAGACUCUUCGGACAUUUCCCCCCCCACCCGCCUCUCUCCUACCGUUGUCCCUCGCGUCGUUUUUCGCUGAGAAGACCUACACUACUCCGUAGUCUAGUCC